AUGCAAUAUUAUUUCUUUAGUUUUUUGGCAGGUGUUGAGUGUUGCCUCUUGUCUGCAACGUCUUACGAUUGGUAUUUAGCAAUAUGCAAACCGCUGCAUUAUACAGCCCUCAUGAAUGGCAGGUUCUGCCUCCAGCUAGCAGCUGGGUCUUGGAUAAAUGGGCUUCUGGCUAGUAAUAUACUGCGAUCCUUGAUAUCACAGUUAUCUUUUUGUGGCCCCAAUGAAGUUGAUCAUUUUUUUUCUGAUUUUGCUCCAGUAAAAAAACUGUCCUGCGGUGACACCAGGCUGAUGGAUCUUUUGGCUUUCAUUCUGGCUUCAAUAUUCACCCUGCCCCCAUUUCUAUUGACCCUGGCAUCCUAUGUUUGCAUCAUUGCCACCAUCCUGAGAGUCCCUUCCACCACCAGGAGGCAAAAGACCUUUUCCACCUGCUCCUCCCACCUCAUCGUGGUGACACUUUUCUAUGGGAUGCUGAUGAUUGUCUACAUGCUCCCAGAUACCGACACACUGAAGGUCCUUAACAAAGUGUUCUCCAUCUUCUAUAUGAUUCUAACUCCCAUGGUUAACCCCCUCAUCUACAGCCUGAGGAACAGAGAGGUCAAGGAGGCCCUGAAAAGAGCUUUCAAUGCCUUUUUAAUGUGUACAGGAAUUGAGACAUUUCAAACUAAGGGCUUUUGUAGAUAG